AUGGGUACCUCGAAUCUCUGCUUGUUUUUCUUCUCUCUGGUGAGUUUGUCUGCUAUGGCGGCUGCUAAGGUGGUCCUGAUUGGGAAUAAUAUCACUCUCUCGUUCGAUGAUAUUGAAGCUAAUUUCUCUCCGUCAGUCAAAGGGUCUGGAGAAUAUGGAGCGUUAUUCUUGGCUGAGCCGCUAGAUGCAUGUACAGAAAUUACAAAUGAAGCUAAACAAUUUCCGAAUGCUAGUUCACCUUUUCUUUUGAUGAUUAGAGGAGGGUGUAGCUUUGAGGACAAAGUUAGGAUGGCACAAAAGGCUGGCUACAAAGCUGCAAUAGUUUAUGACAAUGAAGAUGGCGGCAUCCUAGUUGCAAUGGCAGGAAAUGCUGCUGGUAUAAGAAUACAUGCGGUAUUUAUAUCAAAAGCUUCGGGUGAAAUACUGAAGAAAUAUGCUGGUUUGACGAAUGUGGAAACAUGGCUCAUUCCAACUUUUGAAAACUCAGCGUGGUCUAUCAUGGCGAUUUCGUUUAUUUCCCUGCUAGCUAUGUCUGCAGUGCUGGCUACUUGUUUCUUCGUCCGCAGACAUCGCAUAAGAAGAGAAAGGCCUCGAACUUCUUCUCAUGUUCGUGAGUUUCAUGGUAUGAGUAGUCGCCUAGUGAAAGCAAUGCCAAGUUUGAUCUUCACUUCUGCUUUGGAAGAUAACUGUACAUCUAGAACAUGUGCUAUCUGCCUUGAAGACUAUUGCCCUGGAGAGAAACUCAGGAUUCUGCCCUGUUGUCACAAGUUUCAUGCUACCUGUGUGGAUUCUUGGCUGACUUCAUGGAGAACCUUUUGCCCAGUUUGCAAACGAGAUGCAAGAACGGGUUUGUCUGACCCACCACCUUCAGAAUCCACACCUCUGCUGUUAUCAACCCCAUCAUCUGUGGCGUCCUCUUUCAUGUCAUCAUAUGCUUCAUCUUCAGCAAUACAAAUUGCUUCACAUUCACAAUCUGCUUCACGAAACCACUCUUUUGCUAGUACCCCUUUCAUGCCCCCAUCUCUAAGGUCCUACCGCCAAUCCCCUUCUAUUAGCGUCAGCCGUAGCUCUGUAGAUCUUCGGAAUGCAUCCCAAAGAUCUCUAGCUUCGCACAUGAAUUCACCGCGUUCCAAUGGUUACCCAUCUUUGUCGUCUCUUAACUCAAGAUACCUGUCUUCACAUGUUCCAAGUCCAAGCAACGGUUCAGUAAGUUACCUUGGUUCAUCCAGUCAUCAGCAGCAUCCACUCCGUUAUAGUGAGUCAGCCGCAAGCUUCUCACCAUUUGUGUCUGCCAGCUCCCUCCCGGACUGUUAA